ACGAAAUAGACGGAUCGCUUUAGCUGCAUGUGCUAUCUAUCCUCUUCUUUUGUAUUUUCUCGCAAAGCCUCCUUCUGCAUCUAUUUGAUUCUCCCACUUUCUCUCCUAAUCCAAUUCAGAAAUAAAUAAUUAUUUAAUAUAUAGUAGUAUUAAAUUAAUUGAUUAGGCAAAUACAAAUUCGAACUCCUCCAAGUUCUUGAAAUAUGUCCGAUUCUUUAACCAACUGCUUCUUCACUCUAAGAUUUCCAUCCAAGAAAGAGUGCAAACCGGCGGCGGCGGCGGUUGAGACUAUAGAUACAGUUAUGCUGACGUGUCAAGAAUCCAAGAGUGACGAUCGUGAUUGGAUGGCCGCGUUGAAGAAAUCGGUGAAGUUGCUUCAUUUUGGGGGAUGCGAGGAGAAGGAAGCGGCGGCGGGAGAGAUGAAGAAGCUGGCGGAGGAGGAUGCGAAGCGGAUUCGGACCAUGGCGGAGCUCGGGGUUAUUCCGCCGCUGGUCGCCAUGGUCGGGUCCGAGGCGGCGGCGCGUCGGAGAUUGGCUGUGCAAGUUCUCAUUCAACUCGCCAAUGCCUCUUUCACUAACAAGGCUGUAAUGGUGGAGGCAGGAAUUUUAUCAAGACUGCACAAGAAUAUGAGUUUGUUAAAUGAAACAGAUAAGCAAGAAUCAGCAGAGCUUCUCCUCGCCAUAUCACACCUAGCCAACAGUCAAUUCCCCUUUAACACAUCAAGAAUCAUUCCAAUUGUAGUCAGCAUUCUCGAAUCAAAUCCAAGCAUAGCCACCAAACACCUCUGCUUGAGCACAUUGCACAACCUCUCUUCCCUCCUCGACAACGCGCCAGCCCUGAUCUUGACCGGGGUGGUCCCCACCCUAACGAAGCUGGCCUCGUCGAGGGAGACCUCCGAGAGAAGCCUGGCCACGUUAGGCAACCUGGCAGUGACCUCAGCUGGGAGGAAGGCGCUCGAGGUGGACCCCACCGUGCCCGAGGGCCUAAUCGAGGUCAUGACGUGGGAGGAGAGCCCGAAAUGCCAGGAGCUCUCUGCCUACAUUCUGAUGGUCCUGGCCCACCAGAGCUCCCUGCAGAGGCGGAAGAUGGCCGAGGCCGGGAUCGUGCAGGUGCUUCUGGGAGUGGCGCUGCUGGGGAGCCCGCUGGCGCAGAGGAGGGCGAUGAAGCUGCUGCAGUGGUUCAAGGACGAGCGGAGGGUGAGGGUGGGUCCCCACUCGGGGCCCCUGCAGGUAGGGGGCGGGGCGAUCCUGGGAUCAGGAUCGCCCCUGAGUGAGAAGGAAGCGGAGGAGGGGAAGAGGAUGAUGAGGAGGAUUGUGAGGCAGAGUUUGUGUAAGAACAUGGAGAGGAUCACGCGUCGCGCCAACAGUGGAGCGCCCGGGGAUGCGGCCGGGGUCAAGGCGUUGGUGGUUAGCACAAGUUCUAAGAGCUUGCCAUACUAGGAAAGUCAAUAAGUUUUUUUUUUUGGUACAUACAAAAGGAAAGAAUGAGUACUACUUGGUUCAUGUUUGUGAUUCUGAUUGUAAAUCAUGGAUGAUUUUUUUAAUAAUAGUGAUUUUUUGGUGA